AUGGUGCACAUCCAGCCGCUCGAGGUGUCUCUCGAGGCCGGCAACCUCGCCGACCCCGCCGCGGCCGCGCUCGAUGACGACGGCCGCCCGCGCCGCACCGGAACCGUCCUCACCGCAAGCGCGCACAUCGUCACCGGCGUCGUCGGCUCCGGCGUUCUCUCGCUCGCCUGGGCCACCGCGCAGCUCGGCUGGGUCGCGGGUCCCACCACCAUGGCGCUCUUCGGCGGCGUCAUCUACUACAGCUCCACGAUUCUCGCCGACUGCUACCGCACCGGCGACCCUGCCGCCGGCAGCCGGAACCACUCCUACGUGGAGGCUGUCCGAACCAUCCUCGGCGGCGCCAAGGUGAAGUUCUGCGGCGUCAUACAGUACGCCAACCUCGUCGGCAUCACCAUUGGCUACACCAUCGCCGCCUCCAUCAGCUUUCAUGCCAUCACGAGGGCCAACUGCUUCCACAACAAGGGGCACCACGACGCGUGCCAUAGCUCCAGCACGCCCUACAUGAUCGGCUUCGGCGCCGCGCGGAUGGUCUUCUCUCAGAUACCCAACUUCGAUCAGAUACGGUGGCUCUCCGUCGUCGCCUCCGUCAUGUCCUUCACCUACUCCGGCAUCGGGCUCGGGCUCGGAAUCGCCCAGACCGAUGACAACGGCGGCUUCCGAGGCACCCUCACUGGCAUCGCCAUCGCGGGCGUCACCGUGAUGCAGAAGCUGUGGCGCAUCCUGCAGGCGCUGGGCAACAUCACCUUCGCCUACACCAUCAAGUCGCCACCGCCGUCGGAGGCGGCCGUGAUGAAGAAGGCCACGGCGCUGAGCGUGGCCACCACCACAGCGUUCUACGUCAUGUGCGGGUGCAUGGGCUACGCGGCCUUCGGCAACGACGCGCCGGACAACCUCCUCACCGGAUUUGGCUUCUACGAGCCCUUCUGGCUGGUGGACGUCGCCAACGGCGCCAUCGUCGUGCACCUCGUCGGCGCCUACCAGGUCUUCUGCCAGCCCAUCUUCGCCUUCGUCGAGCGCUGGGCCGCCGCCAGAUGGCCGGAGAGCGGUUUCGUCACGCGGGAACUUGGGGUCGGGCCGUUCGCGCUGAGCGCGCUCCGGCUUGUCUGGCGCUCGGGGUUCGUGUGCCUGACCACCUUGGUCGCCAUGGCAAUGCCAUCCUUCGGCGCCAUCGUGGGGCUCAUGGGCGCGCUCUCGUUCUGGCCGCUCACCGUCUACUUCCCCGUGGAGAUGUACAUGAAGCAGCGCGCCGUGGCGCGCGGGGGCGCGAGGUGGCUCUGCCUCAAGGCGCUCACCGGCACCUGCCUCGUCGUGUCGGUGGCCGCCACCGUGGGAUCAAUCGCCGGCAUGGUCGGCGCAUUCAAGGUGUUCCGCCCUUUCGGUGGCUAG